AUGGAUGUUCAAACAUUUCUAAGUUCACAUGCGAAUCCUGCGAAAUUGUACAAGUUAAAGCAUCUAUCAAAGGUGGAGGUUAUAACAAAUGAUCCUAGUGGAUGCACGUUUACAUUGGGUUUUGAUAACCUCAGGAGCCAAAGUGUUGCUCCACCUCAGUGGACCAUGCGCAAUAUUGAUGACAGGAACCGCCUUUUACUUUGUAUCUUAAAUAUCUGCAAAGAUAUACUGGGUCGGCUUCCCAAAGUUGUUGGUAUAGAUGUUGUGGAGAUGGCUCUAUGGGCAAAGGAAAACACACCCUCAGUGAGCACUCAAAAUAACCUUGAAGAUGGGCCAGUUGCAGCAACUGUGACUGAAACUGAGUUGAAAGUGACCGUUGAAAAAGAACUUGUAUCCCAGGCUGAGGAGGAGGAUAUGGAAGCUCUUUUGGACACGUAUGUCAUGGGUAUUGGCGAGGCAGAGGCAUUUUCUGAACGGUUGAAGCGGGAGCUUCUGGCUUUGGAAGCAGCAAAUGUGCAUGCCAUUUUGGAAAGUGAACCUUUGAUAGAUGAGGUGUUGCAAGGCCUUGAGGCAGCAACAUACUGUGUGGACGACAUGGACGAAUGGCUAGGCAUAUUUAAUGUUAAACUUAGACACAUGAGAGAGGACAUUGAGUCGAUAGAAACCCGCAAUAACAAAUUGGAGAUGCAAUCUGUGAAUAAUAAAACUCUCAUUGCGGAACUUGAUAAGCUUCUUGAGCGGUUGCAUGUCCCUUCGGAGUAUGCAGCAAGUUUGACAGGAGGUUCAUUCGAUGAGUCUCGCAUGCUUCAACAUAUAGAAGCAUGCGAGUGGUUAACUGGUGCUUUGCAUGGCCUUGAAGCUCCAAAUUUUGAUCCUAACUAUGCCAAAAUGCGAGCUGUCAAGGAGAAGCGGGCAGAACUUGAAAAGUUAAAAAGUACAUUUGUCAGGAGAGCUUCUGAGUUCUUGAGAAACUACUUUGCCAGCUUGGUGGAUUUCAUGAUAAGUGACAAAACAUUCUUUUCUCAGCGAGGACAGCUGAAGAGGCCUGAUCAUGCUGACUUGCGGUACAAAUGCAGGACAUACGCCCGCCUUCUUCAACAUCUAAAGAGUCUUGAUGAGAAUUGCUUGGGUCCACUGAGAAAAGCUUAUUGUAUCUCCCUUAACUUGCUUCUUCGUCGGGAGGCUCGUGAGUUUGCAAAUGAACUUCGUGCUAGUACAAAAGCACCAAAAACUCCAACCAUUUGGCUUGAAGCUUCCACAGGCUCUGGUCAAAACACGAAUGCUGCAGACACUUCUACUGUUUCUGAUGCUUAUGCUAAGAUGCUGACGAUUUUUAUUCCACUUCUUGUAGAUGAGAGUUCCUUUUUUGCGCACUUCAUGUGCUUUGAAGUUCCUGCACUUGUUCCUCCUGGUAAUAAACCUGCAUAUGGCAACGAUGAUGCCAAUGAUGAUGAUCUGGGGAUUAUGGAUAUUGAUGAAAAUGACAGUAAAACUGGUAAAAACUCAACUGAGCUUGCAGCACUAAAUAUCUCUCUUCAGGAUUUACUUGAUGGAAUCCAAGAAGACUUCUAUGCUGUGGUUGACUGGGCAUACAAGAUUGAUCCCUUACGCUGCAUAUCAAUGCAUGGAAUUACAGAGCGCUAUCUCUCAGGUCAGAAAGCUGAUGCAGCAGGAUUUGUGCGUCUCUUGCUUGGUGACCUAGAGUCAAGAAUUUCUACACAGUUUGGCCGUUUUGUAGAUGAAGCUUGUCACCAAAUUGAAAGAAAUGAGCGCAAUGUGAGGCAGAUGGGUGUCUUAUCAUACAUCCCAAGAUUUGCAACUCUUGCAACUCGAAUGGAGCAGUACAUCCAGGGACAAUCUCGGGAUUUGGUCGAUCAAGCAUACACAAAAUUUGUUAGCAUAAUGUUUGUUACGUUGGAGAAAGUUUCACAAACAGAUCCAAAAUAUGCUGAUAUGUUUCUGUUAGAGAAUUAUGCAGCUUUUCAGAACAGUUUGUAUGACCUAGCCAAUAUUGUGCCUACAUUAGCCAAAUUUUAUCAUCAGGCAAGUGAAGCUUAUGAACAAGCUUGCACACGUCAUAUCACCGUGAUUAUUUACUCUCAAUUUGAAAGACUCUUCCAGUUUGCUCGAAGAAUUGAGGAUUUGAUGUACACAAUCGCGCCAGAAGAGAUUCCAUUCCAGCUUGGGUUAUCAAAAAUGGAUCUCCGGAAGAUGUUAAAAUCUAGUGUUUCUGGGGUUGACAAGAACAUCAGUGUAAUGUAUAAAAAGUUGCAGAAGAAUUUAACUUCAGAGGAACUUUUGCCUUCUUUAUGGAAUAAGUGCAAGAAGGAGUUUCUAGAUAAGUAUGAAAGUUUUGCUCAACUUGUUGCAAAGAUUUACCCCACUGAGAUCAUUCCAUCUGUUGUAGAAAUGAGAGAACUUCUGGCCUCCAUGUAGAGAGAGUUCGAAUUGUAUGAUCUUGAAUUGUUUCUUUUUCAGUAAAGAGGUGUUUUAGCCUGCUGUCAUCAUUCUUUAGUACAUUUUUUCAUAUAAAUUUGAUUCAUUGGCCAAGCAUUUCAGGUCUCUCUCGUAUCAGCAUAGGUUGAAUAAAAGUCAUGUAUAAUAAUCACAGCGGGUGGUAUAUAUUAAGUUCAUAUAUCUGUACAUGCUUUUUUUCACUGAUAUAUCCGUACUCUUCAGUAUUGUAGCA